AUCCUUCUCCCCAUUCUCCUUUGGCAUUCCGUACACAAACACAAAACUCAUAAAAAAAAUAAAAUCCAAUAAUCAAACCACACAUUUUAAUUAUUUUUAUCUCAAACACAGUUGUGUUUCUAGGGUUAGGGUUUAAUCUAUGUGAUACUCAAAAACACACUCUCGAUACAACAUGUACAAUCAAAACCAGCAAAUUAACUAUCCCAGCCACUACGACGCCACAGUCGCCGCAGUUGCCGCCGCACCGGUCGCCGAUUCGCAACCGAUUUCGUACGACGAGACGCAUAACUUCGAAAACGGCGACGUUUCGGGUAAUUACAAUGGCGUUGCGUCGGCUCUUGAUGCCGGUAUGGCGUACGACGCCGUUUCGCACGCUGGGGAUCAGCUGACGCUGUCGUUUGGUGGUCAGGUUUAUGUGUUUGACACUGUUAGUGCCGAAAAGGUUCAGCAGGUGCUUUUGUUAUUAGGAGGCUGUGAACUUCCUUCGGGCACACAACCUGCUGAUAUUGCGUACAGGAAUCCUCCGGCACCGUAUCAAAAAGAUUAUCCGCAGAGGUGCAGUGAUCCGGAGAGAGCUGCCUCUCUACGAAGGUUUUAUCAGAAGAAGCAAAACCGAUGCUAUGAGAAGAAAAUUAGAUAUGAUGUGCGCCGUGAAGUUGCUGUAAGGAUGCAUCGCAAGAGGGGUCAAUUUACUUCUAAAACAUCAGAAGGCUCUACCGUUUCGGAUGCUGAUGAUUCUAGGCAAGAAGAUGGCACACAAGAGACACUGUGCCAGCAUUGUGGCACCAGUUCGGAAUGCACCCCUAUGAUGCGGAAAGGGCCAGAUGGCCCAAGGACUCUUUGCAAUGCAUGUGGGCUUUAUUGGGCACAAAAGGGAGCACUGAGACAUGUUCCCAAGAAAUCACGUGAUCACCCUCUGACUCAAACUGAACAGGAUGAAGUUGACAAAUCUAAAUUUGUUACCCCGGUGUACACUCAAUAAUCAACGCACCUUUCGUGAUGGCGAUUAAUGGGAAAUAACUGUUGGAAGUUCUUGAGGCAUGGCAUGGGGGCAGCUCAAUCCAGUUGCCUCUGACAUCAGUAACUAAGAGAAGGUUUUAUGAAAUCAGAUGUACAGAUAAGUCCAACAAAAAUGAGUCGUUUUCUGUGUAAUACUCUAGAGUAUUAUGUUACAUUAAAUUAGGUAAAACUGAAUUAUGGCAGCUGCGUUAUUAUUUUCUUAUGCAUCGGUUAGCUAGAAAACGGAGGAUACCUAUGGUGAUGCAGUGACAGUAAUAUUAAAACAUAGUUGGAUUAAAAUCUAAAAGAUCUUAUUAGGAUUUUCCCUUAAUACAGCAUAACUUAUUACUUUAUA